GUCGAGUUAUCCCCCUUGGACUGAUCACACUAGCCCUCAAACAUGUCAGCCCCCACUCGGCCAAACUUGUUGAUGAUCGUGAGUUCGGCAGUAGAAGGUGUGUCUGCACAGUCAUUUGUCCAAGCAUACAAUUUGGCUAUUCCUACCUUCACCAUACAGUUGGCUUCUCCUAAUGGUCGUCAGAUUGAAUAUGUACAUCAAGAUGAUUCCAACAGACGCUGGUUUAAUGAAUUCAGAUCAAAAGCUAACUCCAUGCCUAUUUCUCUUGAAUCAAUUGAUGCCAACAGAUACUCAGCGAUGUUGAUACCGGCUGCUCCAGGUGCACUCCAUGACCUGUUCUCCAGUAAAGACCUAGCUCAGAUUGUCCUCCAUUUUGUCAAAGAAAAAAAAGCUAUCUGUGCUGUUGGGGAUGGUGUGGCAGGUCUGUGUGGUGCCCGGCACCAGGACAACAAAGAAUGGUGCUUCCAAGACUACAGCCUCACAGCAACGUCUCUUAAUGAGGCUGCAAGGGAGUCACACUUCACUUCCCUACCAGUACUUUUGGAGGAUUUUGUCAAAGAUCAUGGAGGCAAUUAUAAUCGUAGCAAGGCUGAUGCAAUUCAUGUAGUGAUAGAUCGGCAUGUAAUAACGGGCCAGAACAUACAAUCAACACUCACAGCAGUGCAGAACCUCAUUCUCAUGUGCUCCCAGAAGUAGUGUCUACACAAGGGUGUCUUCAAGUGGGCGACCAGGGGGGAUGGCAGUAUACAAACAAGAGUGUAUGCAGCAAGUCUUAUGGUGUUUUGUUUGGAAAUACAGAUAGAUUGCA